AUGCGUGAUAGCAUCGUAUCAGCAGCUAAGCACUAUACUUCGACUUCAAUCGAUAUUGUAGGGCUUUACCCCGGAGGGAGCCCUUCCAGAAAUUCUCGAUGGCCUAGGCCAAACCCAGGCCAAAGAGGGGGUUUGGAAAUAGUUUUCAACCAGCAAUAGACGCGCCUCGGUUAGAACCUCACUAGCUGCGUCAUUGC